AUGGUUCUGUACAGCACUCCAUACCCCAGUACGUGCCUGCACUUCCUGGACGGCCUGUCGUGGAGCCUGGUCUUCCCCUGUUACUGGCUGCUGGACCGACUGUUAGCGUCAUGUGUGGCUACGUCUCUGGAGAAGCGUCAGCGCUCCAGAGACCCCUGCUCCUUCCUCAGCCUGUGUAUGCUGGUGUGGGCUCCAGUCUACCUGUUGCUGCUGCUGCUCUCUCUGCCCCUGGCUCUGCUGGGCUUCAUCCUGUGGGCCCCUCUGCAAGCCGUGCGCCAGCCUUAUCUGUACACAUACAUCAAAUUAGACAGGAGCCUGGCAGAGCAGGGCCAGGCAGGACCAGGGGGUUUGUCAGAGUGGAAGCCCCAAGGCCGGAGUUUUUGCUUCUGCAGUGCAAAUGUGUGCCUGCUGCCUGACUCUCUGGCCCGGUUCAAUAACCUGUCAGACACCCACAGGAGAGCACGAGAGGUGGGCAAGAGGAUCCGCAAUGGGGCCAAUAGACCCCAAAUCAAAAUCUAUGUUGACUCCCCCACUAACACCUCUAUCAGUGCUGCCUCCUUCAGUAGUCUUGCCACUGGUUUCCGUCGCACCUCGUCUCUGGACCACCGCCCAGAGCAGAGCCACAGCACCAGUGGGCCGGUGGAGCCCGUGGAGAGUGAGACUGAGCCCCUCACAGAGUGCCCUGUUCACUCCUCUGGUGCCCCCGACUGCCCCGCUCACCCCACAGUAGAACAAGGUUCUUCUUCCUGUCCCCUGCAUCAUGAUGGAGGGGAGUCUGCCCCAGAGUGCCCCCUGCACUCCCCCUCAGACUGUCCUGUCCAUAAUGGGGGCUCUGCUACAGACUGUCCUCUGCAUCAGUCUGCUGGAGGGCAGAACAAGAGCCCGGACCACAACUGCCCCGCUCACACCUCUAAAGAGGCUGAUCAGAACUGCCCCAUGCACUCUGCUGCUGGGCCUGAUAACAACUGUCCCAUGCAUUCCUGCGCAGAGGCAGAUCACAACUGCCCCAUGCACUCCUCCACGGGUGGAGAUCACACAUGCCCCCUUCACUCUGCUGCUGAGGCAGAACACAACUGCCCCAUGCACGGAGAGGGCACUCAGGCCAAGUGCCUCAUGCACAGCUCAUGUGUGCAGAUCAGCAUCAGUGCCCCGGAGCCGGAGGAGGAGGAUCCUGUGGACACAGCCUCUAUGACAGCGUCCCGGGAGUCCCUCACACGCUACCAUGGCGAUGGUGGGGGAAUGUACUCAAACAACACUCUCUCUCAUGUUCCGCAAACGUCCAUUUUCAAACGAGCAGCUCGAAAACGCCGCCACGGAGAUGAGUCAUUUGACCAUGACAUCACAGCUUUCUUCCCUGCUAAUCUGGACUUCCUGGCCCUGCAGGAAGUCUUUGAUCAUGGCUCCACCACAAGGCUCCGUCGCCAACUACACAGAUACUUCCCCUUCAUCCUGAGCGAUGUGGGGCAGUACGGCUGGAAGAGCUGCUGCUCCAGGUUCAAGUUCCUCAACAGUGGACUCAUGCUGGCCAGCAAAUACCCCAUACUGGAUGCUCGCUACGAGUGCUAUCCCAACGGCAGGGGCGAGGAUGCACUGGCUGCCAAGGGCGCUCUGUUUGCAAAGGUCCAUGUGGGCACUUCUCAUCAGGAGCAGAGGAUUGUGGGAUAUCUCACAUGUACACAUCUCCACGCCAUAGAAGGAGAUGCAGCAGUGCGCUGUGAGCAGAUGGACUUGUUGCUUCAGUGGGGGGCAGAGUUUCGGCAGGCCUCGUCCCAGCCUCCCGAAGGGGAAAAAGUCCUGGAAGAUCUCGUGGCCUUUGACGUCGUACUGGGAGACCUCAACUUUGACAACUGCUCUUCAGAGGACAAGCUGGAGCAGCAGCACGCACUUUUUACUCAGUACAAGGACCCCUGCCGCCUGGGGCCCGGUGAGGACAAACCAUGGGCUCUGGGGACUUUACUGGAUCCCAGUGGCCUUUAUGAUGAUGAAGUUAGCUCACCUGAAAGUUUACAAAAAGUGAUGGAGAAUGAAGAGGGCCGCAAAGAGUACCUGGUGUUCCCCCCCAGUAAGAGCCAGUGCCCCCGGAGCAGUCAGAAGGGCAGGAAGAUCCCUCUGAAGGGCAACGGCCGCCGCAUCGACUACAUUCUCUACAGCGACGAGGGCCUGCAGCCGGACUGGAAACUGGACCUGGAAGAGUUCAGCUUUGUGACUCAGCUGGCCGGCCUCACAGAUCACCUGUCUGUGGCCAUGAGAUUGGCGGUGUCCACCGGCGAGGACGAGCCUUAG